UAGUCAAUUGUCAUAACGUUGACAUUUCAUAAAAUAAAAGCGAUUGUGAAGACACUUCUAUGAAACCCCUACAACAAUCGAUAUUUUUGUAAAUAAAAUAAACUACUGUAGUUGUUUUUACUGAACCAUGGCUGACCCUAAAUAUGAAAAUCUUCCAGGCAUCGCUUACGAUCAGCCCGAUGUUUAUGAAACUGGUGAUUUACCCGAAGCUGACCAACCAGAUCCAUAUGAAGAAGAAGAAAAUGAGUGUAUAGAACAAUUGCAUUUAUCAGUGAAGGACUCGUUCAACAAAUUCAAAGGAAAGGUUCUAAUAGGAAACGUGGAUUUUUCCGACCGCCUAAGUAAAAGAACAAGAAUUGGAUACAGAUCAGGAGAGUGGGAACUGGCCCCUAAGGGUGAAUCAGAAACUCCAUUGGAGCGAUACAAUAGGCUCAGAUGUGAAUUUUCUGAACUUCUUGAACAAGUUACUAUGCAACAGGAUCAAGCUACUGAGAGUGAGAAGGAAGAACAUUCAAAGUUGGUUUCACAAAUCGUAUCAACAAAGAAACUUCUUGAAGAGCUGAAGUUGGAAGAGGGUGAACAUAUUGAUCCAAAAGCCGAGAAAUUGAAGGAUUACUUAUCCGUGGGUAGUAAAAAGAAGAACGGCGAGCUGGUGACAGCUCAUCUGAAAUUGAAACCCGAAGUUAAUUUGGCACAAACAGCUAGAAUAGCUCAGCUCGAACAUAGACUACACAAGUUAGAGCAAGCCGCUGGAGUCAGGGAUGAAGAGGCAUUCAGGAAAUUGCAGAUGGUCACUGGAGAGGCGACGUUGGUUGGAGCUGCGGCAGCGCUAUCGUCGACGGCGGCUCUCCUGCGGCCCGCGGAGUUAGCGGCAGCUGACGCACGUCUGGCCUCACUCCUGGCUAACGUGGACACGCUGAAGGCGACAGUGGCGCCCGCAGACCCGCACCUAGAAGCCAAGGUCAAUGAGCUCCACAAACUUGUGAAACAAAUCGAUGGUAUAUCACACUCCGAGAUACUGGAACGAAUGGAGGCCCUGGAAGCUCUGCAUAACCAGGCGAGUAACUUCGGCAAGUCGUUGACAGAGCUAGAGACGCUACAAAGCACAAUAGCUAACGGAGUUCAGAACAACAAGGAGCUGCUGCAGGGUGUUCAGGAGGUGUUCGCUCACAACAUCGACAGCUUGCAGAAGGAGCUCAAGAAGCUGGACGAGAGAGUGGCCAAGCUGGCAUGAAGCAGCUUAAAUGGACAUACGAAACGUGCCGGGAUAUUUUAACGAAAAAUAACUGCAUUUUGGUGCUUAGCACAACUAGAAAUGCGGAUUAAUUGCGGCAGAAGAUAACUAAUUCGUAGCCUUAUUAUAAUACCCACGCAAGCAGAAUAAAACCAUCUCAAAGAAAAUAAAACAGUCUCGAGUAAAGUAGUGUUACCAUAUUUAUUGCAACAACCAGAAUGUUAUACUACAGCACAAUUGGACGUAGUUCCUGAAAAACGUUCUAAGCCAAAAACAUCACAUUUUAAGGAAUUCGUGUUUAAAGUUUAAUAAAUAUUAGUGUAUUCCAUACAUGUGGGUUGGGCUGAGUGACAGUAGGGCUGCCAUUUCUUGUCAGUCCGUUAAUAUGAAUCACGUGACCAGUUUUGUGUUCUCAAUUUCGACAUGAUUGUGGUUUGGAACGUUUUUCUGGAAUUACGUCCAAUUAUACUAUAAACUUUCUGGAUUUAAUAGUGCAUUAUUUACCAAGGUCUGAUUUUUAGGAGCAUAGCAACGUUGCAUAUUAUGAACAUAUGCAGGUAUGAUCUGAUUUUAUUAUGACAGUUAACAAAUUAUUUAAAAAUAACAUUACAUGUAAUAUUUUCGCGAGAUUGCUAUGUCCAGACGUUGUGUCGCGCUUGUUACUUUUGCGGGUACUUAAAAAUAAUCUAAAUAAUUGCUUGUUUUUUUAAGUGAUAACCCUCACUUCUAGGAUUAAUACAAAAAUAAAAUUUUAUGAGCGAUGCGGGACUCGAACCAACGACCUCUCUCGUUCCGUGCCAAGCCUCGAAUGGUUAGCUCAGUUGGAAGAGCUCUCGCACGCUACGCGCGAGGACGUGGGUUCGAAUCCUGAAUCGUUAAUAAAAUUUUGUUUUCAAAUUUUAUUUGUGUUAAAAAAUAAUAACAAAUAAGGUCAGGAUGCAGUAGAAGUAACUCAAGAUUUGAACUCCAAAAAUAGCUUAGCAUAUCUAUUAUUGAUUGAAACUAAUUGGUUAUCCAACUAAAUUCCAUAAAACCUUUUUUAACUCUUGUAAAACAGUAGGUACAGUGGUUUUAUAUUCAUUUUGGUAAAUGAUAUAAUACAUUAUAACAGCAUGUUUAUUAAAUUUAAUCACUUUUAGACGGUUUUAUCAAAAUGUGUUAAUACUUGUAACAUAAAGGUAGUGUUUGUAUUUUGAUACCUUACUUUGCUGAUGGUUAUAACAGUUCUAUUGAAAACCUAGUUUGGGCUGUGUUACUUGACGAGUUCAGGCAAGAAAGUGUAUCUAUCAAAAGACAAACACUUAAUCAGUAUGUCGCACCACUAUUGACAUAUGAACAUGUAAAUUAUUUCAUAAUAAGUAUCUACCUAUUGAAGAAAAAAAAAAUCAUGACUACUCGUAUGAUAAUUUAAAUUACUUAUAUAGUUGUCUAUUUUCUUACAAAUUAGUGCCCUUUGAAAAUAUCUGCUUUUCUCUAGAUGUUAUUUAAGCACAUUAUCUGCUAUUCCAAUAUUUUUAUCGAAUCUUAAACACUAGAUAAUGCUUCUUGUUGUAUUAAAAUCUGUAGACUGCUUAAGUAAAUGAAUAAUAAUUUAUUGAUUAAAUGAAAUUAUAUUAUUAUGUAA